AUGUCAGGACACCACCGCAUCACUCUUGCCGCCAACCCCCCCUACUUCAAUGGGGACAAGUCCAAAUAUAUGGGCUUUGUGGACUCGUGCACCACCUAUAUCGGUGCCUAUCGGUCGGAAUUCUCACAGGAUGAAACAAAAAUCCUCUUCAUCCUCUCAUACCUCCGCAACAAGGCUGGCACAAGCUGCGCCGCCUCAAGAUGGGCGAUGAACUGGAAGCAGCGCAACUUCGAGAGCCUUAAUGGAUUAAAGGCUGGGGUCACCUCGGCGACCUUCUUGAAGGAGCUUCAAAGGGCUUUUGGGGACUCCAAUGCAGAGCAAGUUGCCGCUGCUCGGCUCAUGGCCCUGCGCCAGAAUAGACGAUCCUUUGCAGAUUAUAUCUCCGACUUCGAAAUGCUGGCUGCGGACGCGGGGUACAACGUGGUCACCUCCACCGACAGCAAGGGUGAGUACAAGAAGGGGGAUCAGGACAACAUCCUGUUGAACUCAGAAAACACAGAUGGGAGCCGCAGGAGGCUAGGGGCACAGAUGAGAGGCGAAAAGCCCACAAGACAUCCUUUCCACACUUCAACACAUCCUCAUCAAAUUCCUCGAGCGUGGACUGAGCAGCAAUAUUGCAAGUCGCCUCUACAACUCAAGGACUGGUGUGUCAACAUCGAGGCGAACGCUCUACGCGAUCAGCUGUGCAAAGCAUCGCAUGCGCACUCUGCACCACGACCGCCUCCCCAAUUCCGCCUGCAGGUAGCCCCAAUGACACCUGCACCCGCCCCGGCCCGACCCACUGCCAACGAACCGGUUCCGAUGGAAAUUGAUUGCACCCACCCCCGCGGCCGCAAUAUCAUCUGCUACAACUGUCAGCAGCCUGGGCACAUUGCGCGGAACUGCCCAGAACCAAGGAAGAAGCACACAUUCUUCAAUCGGGCCACGAUGCUUGAAGAGAUCGAGAACGGGGACAAGGACAACAAGUUCCUCAAGGAGAUUGCCGAGAAGCUGGCAAGAAGGGUUUUUGAAGCGCUCCACUCCUCUAGCCAAGGAGGUGGAGCAUCCGGACUAUGGACGAUUUUCUGUACUUGUUUCGAUUAA